AUUUCUCAGAAGUGAGUGCUGGAAAAAUAGCUGUCUUUCUAGAGCAAAAAGCGUGAGCAGGAAUGUCAGCAUAUUCAGAAUAAAUGCAACACUCAGUCUUCAGCCUCAUUAUCAAGGGGACAGCUGCUUUUCAGCAAGAAUAAUUUUGUCACUUAAGAAAAACAACUUACCAUUAGUGAGGUUUUCUUCCAGGUAUGGGUAGAAAUUGAUUACAGUUUGACAGCACUGUUGCUCAACUUGGUUUUGUCUUUCUAAUGAUGGCUGGUAGUAGAAGCAGGUCCACGGAAGAAACAUAAAAGUUUAUCUGUUGGCUUCUCUUCUGCUCUUUCCAGCCCUAUUACCAGUGAUUUUAAUAAAUGGUUUAGAAAGGGCUUUCUGGCUCUUUACAAAGACAAUGCGGAUGAGCCUGAUGGUCCAUUUUUAGGCAGGUUUUUCCAAAAUGCACGUCCUAAUGCUUCUGGGUUUGUUGGGUGUUUUAUUAAUGUGUCCUCUUGUAACUGGAAUUUUUAUGGACAAGCUUGCCAGCAAGAAGCUGUGUGCUGAUGAUGACUGUGUCUACACCAUUUCCCUUGCCAGAGCAGAAGAGGAUUAUAAUGCUCCAGACUGCAGAUUCAUUAAUAUCAAAAAAGGGCAGUUGAUUUAUGUUUACUCAAAACAAGGGAAAGAAGACGACUCUGGAGAAUUCUGGGCUGGAAGUGUUUAUGGAGAACAGUAUGAAGACCAUAUGGGGACAGUUGGUUAUUUCCCUAGCAGUUUAGUCUCAGAACAACAUGUCUAUCAAGAAGCAAAUAAGACUGUUCCUACAACGGACAUUGAUUUCUUCUGUGAAUAG